GUAGCAACCCUGGUCUCUGUGGGGACUUUGGGGAAAACAGCCCUGGAGAUAUGUCAGAUGGAGGGCGAAUCGGCAGAGUUAUCCCCUGCCUGGCCUCUGCCUGUGAAGCCUGGCACCUGUCUGCCUGGAUGGUGUGGGGGACAAGCCUGAGAUGCCCCCUGGCCCAGUGCUGAGUCAUGGGCAUCCCCAGGGUCGCUGCCUCAGCUCUCAGCCCUGCCCACUCCUGGCCUCCCUCUGAUAAAUCAGUGACUCACGUAUGGUCUCCGUCAUCCCCAGCAGAGCUAGGGAGGAGGAAGGAGUCCAUCUGGGGCAGGAGGGGGGCGUCCCCCCACCAAACACACCCCAGCGCCUCCCCGGGCUCUACACUGGCUGCCCGCCCUUCCCUGCGCAGGAGAGGGGCUGGGAGCCAGACACACACACACACACACACACACACACGCACACACACACACGCACACACACACACGCACACCGGCUCCCUCGGCAGCAGGACCAUGCUGGCACGUUGAGCCUUGGAGGUGGAUCCGGAAAGGUAGUUCAGCUGCCUGGCCCUCCGAGGGACCCUCCACCUGGCACCAGGCAGUGACUUCUCGGGGUAACUUCUGAGGAGGAAGAUGGCUGCCAAAAUGCUGCUGCAGAUAGCACUUCUCCUGCUUGGUCUGCUCCUCCUGUGUCAAGGUUCCCAUGGCGGGGCCUUCCGGGAAGACUUCCGCUUCUGUGGCCAGCGAAACCAGACGCAUAAGAGCACCCUCCGUUACGAGCAGACGCCAGAGCUGCACAUCUCCAUCAAGAACUCCAAGGAAGCCCUCACAGUCCAGGCCCCCUUCCCUGCAGAUUCCCCAGCUUCCCAAAUUUUCCCUGACCCCAGGGGCCUCUACCACUUCUGUCUCUACUGGAACCGCCAUGCUGGGAAAUUGCACCUUCGCUACGGCAAGAACGACUUCUUGCUGAGUGACCAAGCCUUUGGCCUCCUGUGCUUCCUGAACCAGGAAGAGAGCCUAGCCCAGGGCCCCCCACUGCUUGCCACCUCUGUCAGCUCCUGGUGGAGCCCCAAGAACACCAGCCUGCCCAGUGUUACCGGCUUCACCUUCUCUUUCCACAAUCCUCCACGGAAGGCCCCCCACAAUGCCUCGAUGGACAUAUGCGAGCUGAAACGGGACCUCCAGCUGCUCAACCAGCUUCUGAAGCAUCCUCGGAAGAACUCAAGAAGGCCCUCAGCUACCCCUGCUGGCCAGCGGCUGCAGAGUUUGGAGUCAAAGCUGACCUCCGUGAGGUUCCCCGGGGACACAGUGUCCUUUGAAGAGGAUCGGGUCAACGCCACCGUGUGGAAGCUCCAACCCACAGCUGGCCUCCAGGACCUGCACAUCCAUUCCCAGCAGGAGGUCAGGGGUCAGGAUCCGGCGGGCCGGGCGGAAGCAGAUGUGGAGGCUGAGCAGAAUGAGAUCCUGGAGUACUCAGUGGUGCUGCCCCGGGUGCUCUUCCAAAAGACCAAAGGCCGGAGGGAGGAGGCUGAGAAGAGACUCCUCCUGGUGGACUUCAGCAGUCAAGCCCUGUUCCAGGACAAGAAUUCCAGCCAAGUCUUGGGUGAGAAGGUCUUGGGUAUCGUAGUGCCGAACACCAAAGUAGCCAACCUCUCGGAGCCUGUGGUGCUUACCUUCCAGCACCAGCCGCAGCCGAAGAACGUGACUCUGCAGUGUGUAUUCUGGGUUGAAGAUCCAGUAUUGAGCAGCCUGGGGAGCUGGAGCAAUGCCGGGUGUGAGACCAUCAGGAAGGAGAAACAGACAUCCUGCCGCUGCAACCACCUGACGUACUUUGCAGUGCUAAUGGUGGCCUCUGUGGAGGUGGAUGCCGUGCACAAGCAUUACCUGACCCUCCUCUCCUACGUGGGCUGCGUCGUCUCCGCAUUGGCCUGUGUCCUCACCAUUGCUGCCUACCUCUGCUCCAGGAGGAAGCCCCGGGAUUACACCAUCAAGGUGCACAUGAGCCUGCUGCUGGCCGUCUUCCUGCUGGAUGUGAGCUUCCUGCUCAGCGAGCCGGUGGCCCUGACAGAGUCGAAGGCCGGCUGCCAGGCCAGCGCCAUGUUCCUGCACUUCUCCCUGCUCGCCUGCCUCACCUGGAUGGGCCUCGAGGGCUACAACCUCUACCAACUCGUGGUCGAAGUCUUCAGCACCUAUGUUCCCAACUACCUGCUCAAGCUGAGCAUCGUGGGCUGGGGCUUCCCCAUCUUGCUGGUGACACUGGUGGCACUGGUGGACAUGAACAACUAUGGCCCCAUCUCUCUGACUGUGCGCAGGACUCCAGAGAGUGUCAUCCGCCCUUCCAUGUGCUGGAUUCAGGACUCCCUGGUCAACCACGUCAUCAACAUGGGCCUCUUCAGCCUGGUGUUUCUGUUCAACACGGCCAUGCUGGUCACAAUGGUGGUGCAGAUCCUGCGGCUGCGUCCACACACCCAGAAGUGGCCCCACGUGCUGACACUGCUGGGCCUCAGCCUGGUCCUCGGCCUGCCCUGGGCCUUGGUCUUCUUCUCCUUCGCAUCUGGCACCUUCCAGCUUGUUGUCCUCUACCUCUUCAGCAUCGUCACCUCUUUCCAAGGCUUCCUCAUCUUCCUCUGGUACUGGUCCAUGCGGCUGCAGGCCCGGGGCAGGCCCUCCCCUCUGAAGAACAGCUCGGACAGCACCAGGCUCCCCAUCAACUCGGGCAGCACCUCGUCCAGCCGCAUCUAGGCCACCAGCCACCCACCCAGUGUGAAGAAGCAGAGACAUGGCUUCUCCACACCACCGCCUGCGGCCCCUGCAGCUGGGCCUGUCUGUUGGCAGGUCAGCCAGAGACUUGAGAAGGCCCAAGGACCUUGGAGGGUUGGAGCUGUUGCCAUGGUGGCCGGACUUCCAGGAUGGGCCUCCUGAAUUGGCCUGCGGAUUACUAAGCUCUCAGGUCCGGCUCACAAGUGUCUCAGGAGUGGGCCCAUCCUCCUGGCCAUCCUAACAUGGGGCUGUAUGCCAGUCUUAACGCUCCUGCACUGGGCUUAGCCUUUGUGGCUAGAGACUGGGAGCCUGCAGGCCCCAGAGUCAGGUCCCCGGCCUUGGAGACCUGGCCCUGUGCCCCUCCCCAGGACAGAAACGUGCCAUAGCUAUUCUGUUUCUGGCGAUCACCACAAGGGCACUUGGCAGCUUUGUCAUUUUAACACAAGGGUGGCACCCACGGCAAAAGGGGUUGGGGCCAAGCUUCAGACCCCUGGUGGAGGAGAGCCCCUCCCCAGAGCACAGCAGCAGCUCCUCUGCCUCUGAGCUUAGGACUUCAACCUCCACCAGCUUUCCCAGCCUUCCUUCUCUCCUCCCCUGUCCUCCACUCACAGCCCGGGGUCCCCAAUUCCAGUGGUCUAUUUUGGGCUGUGGUUCCCAAGAGCCGCCUGUGCCUGCUGUAAACCUUUAUUUACUGCCCGGGCCUUGGCUGGCCCCUGACUCAGGCUUAGUUUAGACAUCCUGGGCUGGGCUAGGUCCUUCUGUCCUCUGGGCCUCUCCAUAAGCUGCAUCACCCUUGUUCACCACUGCCAAGCCCACACCUCGCAGGGGACCGCAGCCUCUCCCAAAAUCCUCUGGUAGGAAGAGCUGUGAAGCGUAGCCGAGCAAAUCUGUUUUUAUUCCAGCACUCUGAAGACUGAGAGACAUGCCUUCCCUGGUGGCACUGGCCUAGAGCCCAUCACAGUUAAUUUUGUUGAAUAUGGAUGGCCAGUCCCAGUUGCUCCCCCUGAGAACUCUCAAUAUAGUGUGUGGGGUGUGCAUGAGGCAACAACUCCUGGAGCUACAGACAUGGGGUCGGGGGAGCUAUCAUCCGGAUGGGAAAUCCAGGAAGACUUCCUACAGGAGGCAGCAUUCGAUCUGGAUCUCAGCUUUAAAGACGGGGAGGACUUUCUUUUUAAAUGACAAGUUCAUUGUCUUUUGAUAUUAAAGAGAAGUACAUGUUCAUUGUAGGGAAUUUGGACACUGUAGAAGAGUAUAGAGAAGAAAUAAAAAUCAGCUGUUGUUAUCACCUCACAAGCCAAUGUAAACAUUUUGGGGCCUUUCCUUCUGAGCUUCUCUGAUUCUAUUAGGAGUCACUGAUUCAAACACCCUGGGGCCAAUCAGGAAACACAAACAAGAGAAGAGGACCAUGUGUGGGGAAAAAAAAAAAAUCUAGUCCCGGAAACUUUAUCAGGGCAGGGGUAAGGACCAAUGGCAACUUGGCAUCUGUGCUAGGGGGCAGUGAGGAGUGGUGAGGUCUGUGGUGCACUGGAGAUUACACACCCACACUGAGGGGGCAGUGGCUACUCAUCUCUAGCCAGUCUCUGCCUUGCAAGGAUGAGGGCCUGUGUAGCGAGACCAUCUGCUUUCUAUGAGAAAUGAGAAAUCCAGAUGGUGGUGGUGUAAAAUUCCCCAAUUUAAACGUUUGUGGUUAAUCCAAAAUAUUCGUUGGCCGAAGAAAUCACAGUGCUGAAUCCAGGCCUUGGCUGGUCACAGCAUGUAUGUAACCAGUGUAUUGACCCAUGUGAAUGAAACAGGUGGGCUGCAAGAAUGAAAUGAUUGUACUAUUUUCGCAUCAGUGUUUUCAGCCUUGUUUGGUCUCCCCUCCAUGUCUCACGGCACAGGUGAGGCAGAUCAAAUACAUUUCUGUCCCCCUGGA